AUGGCACCCAAGCGUGCCAGAUCCACAAGCGCUGGCAACGAACUCAGUGAAAUCGCUAAACGUCCUCGCAUUGCUUCUUUCGCUCCAAGGAAAGUCGCCACAGCUCAGAACGCUGCAGCCGUCGAUGCAGACCAACCAAUGGAUAAACUUUUGGAAGCAGUAAAGAAUCAGAGUGAAAAAGUCAAAAGUGGCAACGCGGUCGUUUAUUGGAUGAGGAUGGCUGACCUUAGGAUUUCGGACAAUCAUGCGCUUUCCUUGGCUUCUGCCCAAGCAAAGAAGGAGGAAAUUCCACUGAUUGUGCUUUUUGUCAUAUCUCCGCAAGAUUACAAAGCACACGAUCGAGGUCCUCGCAGGAUUGAUUUCACCCUUCGAAAUUUGGCAAAGAUCAGGAACUCUUUGGCCGAAUUGAACAUUCCUCUUUACACUAGUACCCACAGCGUUCGCAAGACUCUUCCUGCUGCGGUGUUGUCUUUAACGCAAGACUGGAAAUGUACAAACAUAUAUGGUAACAUCGAAUACGAGGUAGACGAGCUCAGGCGAGAUAUGGAAGUCUGUUCGUUGGCCAAAUCCAAGGGCGUUCGCGCACAUUUUGUCCACAACAAAUGCAUCAUAGAACCUGGUGUCGUUACAACCAAGGAAAAUAAAGCAUAUUCGGUAUACUCUCCGUAUCAGCGGAAAUGGAUUUCGGUCUUGAACGACAACCAAGAUCAAUACCUCACUGAGUAUCCGGAUCCACAUCCCAACGUUGAUGGAGUCCGAGAAGACACAGAGCUUUCCAGAUUGUUUGAGUGUGAAGUGCCCAAAUUUGUUCCAGGAUUCGAAAUGGAAGACGACGAUAAGCAGACAAUGGCAACUGUGUGGCCAGCAGGAGAGGAAGUUGCACUCCAAAUUCUUAGUCUUUUCCUGCAUACCAAAUCCCGUUCCUCGCAGAUGGGUGCCGCCAAUCCGGUGGCCGAAGGAGCAGAAUCCUCGGAUAAAGCCAGCCGUAUCAUGAAAUAUGGUCAAGAUCGCGACAACGCCGAUCGUGAUACCACCAGUCGUCUCAGUCCCUACCUAUCUGCAGGCGUUAUAUCCAUUCGCGAAUGUGUUCGUGCGACGCUGAAGCUGCAAAAGUCCAAAAAGGUCGAUGGAUCCCGCGACACAGGCGUCGGGCGAUGGAUUCAGGAACUGGCGUGGCGCGAUUUUUACACCGGAAUUUUAGCUUUUUUCCCUCGCGUUAGCAUGGGGCGACCAUACCUUGAGAAAUUCGCUGCUGUAGAGUGGGAGGCGCAUCAGGAAGCCGGAGCUGGAGGAGGGGAUGUCGGUAAAGGGUACAACGAUGAUGAUCCUGACCCGGUCGGACAACAGGAAGACGCUGAAGUGCUGAGACGAUGGAAGGAAGGCAUGACCGGGGUUCCAGUCGUUGAUGCUGCCAUGAGAUGCAUUCAACAGAUGGGUUGGGUGCACAACCGCUUUCGUAUGAUCACCGCGAUGUAUCUGACGAAAGACCUGAUGAUUGAUUGGAGAGUUGGAGAACGAUACUUCAUGGAGAACUUGAUUGACGGUGACCUUGCGUCAAACAAUGGGGGAUGGCAGUGGUCAGCUAGCACAGGUGUUGAUCCCUGCCCAUAUUUCCGCAUUUUCAAUCCUUAUUCGCAGAGCAUAAAGGUUGAUCCAACUGGUGAUUUCAUUCGAGAGUUCGUGCCAGAACUGUCCAAACUUCGAGGUCCAGAUUUGCACAAUCCCUCUGCUUCAGUAGCCAGUAAGCUUGGUUACCCACAUCCUAUCAUCAGUCACGAAGAGGGUCGCCAACGAGCACUGGAACGGUUCAAGAACGCAGGAGCGGCCAGUAAAUAA